UGUUUUCUGCUGUACUGAUGUGGAGCUUUUCUGAAAUACAAGCCAGUGACUCUCAAAACUUCAAAGCCUACCUUUUUUCUGAUUGGAAGCAAAUACAAAACAACCCAGCCUGACCUCCAGUUAAAAAUGAGCUGCUACUGAAGAUGAUGUGGAAGUGUGGAGCUGAGUUUUGAAAGCGCUGGGGGCUUCAGGCAGCUCCCAGGAGAGUUACUGUGAGGCCAGGCUGAUAAGGUACAGAAGCAAAAUGUUUAUUUUACAAUCAGUAGCCUGUAUUUCUUAAUCACUAUGGAAACACUGAUGCAUGGACCAAUGCAUUUUUAUCAGCUUGUGUAUAUCAGCGUUCUGUCUACAGCUUGUUGUUGCAGCUUGUCUGAAAGAUUUCUGGGAGAGCCACCUCACGACCUGCAAAUGAAAUCUUGCAAUUUUCAGCACAUUUUGUCCUGGCAGGCAAAAAGUGAUCCAGCUGUGCCAACAUACUAUCGCGUGCUGUACACUGACCGCAGGAACUGGAAGACUGCUAAACAAUGUUCAAAUAUUACACAACUCUCCUGUAAUCUGACAGAUGAUUUUAACAAUACUUUCCUUGACUAUUCUACAUUGGUUCAGAGCUUCAUAGGAACUGAAGUAUUCAAUUCUUCUGUGCUUCAUUUUACACCAUUUACAGACACAUACCUGGGACCACCAGAAGUUAAUAUCAGUUCCUGUCUAAACUGCAUAAAUGUCACCAUAAAGCUGCCAACCUCUCACUUCAGAGAAAAUGAAAAGCUACUGUCUUUAAUUGAUAUAUAUGAAGAGCUUGAUUAUGGUAUAACACUGAAAACACUUGAUGGAGAGCAUAAGAGGCCACGUAAGAAAACCACUGAAGAAGUUUUUAGUACUGUCAUUGAAGAAUUGUAUCCAAAUAGAAAUUACUGUGUGUCUGUUAUGCUCACUGCAUCUCUAAACCAACGUUCCAUCCCAUCAGCCUGGAAAUGUAUAACUGCAGAUUCUGUAGCUCAACAAGAUUAUCAUGCAAUUGCAAUCGUAGGUGCUAUAUGUGUUUCACUGCUGUUAGCCAGUGCUCUGAAGUGUAUGCAUGCAGGAGGUUAUAUUCUUCAAGACAAAUCACUUCCACAUAACUUGGUGUUCAUCAGGAUGUUGGCCUAUUCACCUUGGACAUCGGAAUCUGAAGACAUAGCCUCUGUAGAGAUCAUUUACAAAGAGGUUAAAAAAAAGGCAAAUGAAUCCAGCAGUGGUGUCAGUGAUGAAGAUGACAGUGAUGACAGUGACAGCAGUGCCAUAAGUAAUCAUUACUACACAGGGCGUGAUAUCAUAAGUAGAGUACCUCAUUCCUCUGACACGCCAAAUGUAUUCGUGCAGUGCUCAACAGAUAGCACAUGUGACAACAGCGGCAGCCAGGCAAGUGAAAAUCCAGACGCUGACCCAGAAGAUUUUGAAGAGCAUGAGACGGACGUUGAAGAAGACAAAGAUGCGAGUAGUGAGUUACUUAAUCCUUUCUCUGAGGUAAAUUGUAACUAUUCUUCUAGGCGAAGGAACAGUGCUUGCUUUACCAUUAACUUGAAAAGUGUGCUGUUGGGAGCCCUCGAAGAGAAUGUGGAUGGUUCUGCAGCUCUUCUCUCUUCCCGGGAAGAUGCAAUUGACUGGCAGUGUACUCGUGCUUUUCAAUCAAAACUCCUGGGUGACGCAGAAAGCGUGCAGAAACCACGUUGUCGUAACAGCUCUCAUGAAUGGCAAAAUUCCUCUUGUUCUUCUGAUGAAAGCGACUCAUCAGUUUCAGAUACGGACCAAAAAACUGAAUACAUAAGAAGAUGAGUAAGUGAGAACCACUGUUAUUUUAUAAUACACGAAUUGAUAUUGUCCAGCUUUAUUUCUGGACUUAACAUACAGAAGAUCUUGUCUUUUUCUUUCUUUAACAUUCUGUGAGUAUAUGCCUGAACACUGAAAAUACGCAACAGUCAUUUUUAACGAAUACUUCUCUCGUCUCUCCAGGUUGCUGCAGGUACAGUUCAGGCUGGAUUCUCCACAGAGAAACAAAAAUGACUGUUCAGAUGCAGCAGAAAGAGUAGCUAUUUCAUGCCACGGUUUGAUAAGGACUUACACCUUUCAGCUGUUAGAAAGUAAAUCUUUUCUGUAACUCAAGUGAGAAGUUAGUUUGGGGUGCAGGGAGUUGUGAGUGGCUGGUCUCUCAACCAGACCGCUUUUUUAAUUUGAAAGGACUCUGCUGUUGUUCUUUAGCUCUGUUGAUGGAUUACUCUGAAACCUGUUUUGCUGGAUGGAUUGCUGUAUUCAAGUCAGUGAACUGAUUUCUACGUCUCUGCAGAGAAAGCUGAUCAAGUGAAAUAAUGGGGGAGGCAGAGAGAAGAAUACUCAGCUUACAAAAGAGUUCUCCUUACUGUGAAUCAAGGCAUUAAAUACACCUUUUCAUAUUUUUUUUAUAUAACGUCAUGCAUGUAGUAUUGAAUUCUACACUUUUAAAAAAUUUUUUUAUGACAUGUAAACGUUACUGCAGUGUACAGUUAUACUUUAACA